AUGUAUCUAUACAGUCUUACUCUGCAGCAGGCGACCGGAAUCAUCUGCGCCAUCAACGGUAACUUCUCCGGCGGGAAGACUCAGGAGAUUGCGGUUGCUCGCGGGAAGAUUCUCGAUCUUCUCCGUCCUGACGAGAACGGUAAGAUCCAGACGAUUCACUCUGUUGAAGUAUUCGGUGCCAUUAGAUCCUUAGCUCAGUUUAGGUUGACUGGUGCGCACAAGGAUUAUAUAGUGGUUGGCUCAGAUUCGGGUAGGAUUGUUAUACUUGAGUACAAUAAAGAGAAGAAUGUGUUCGAUAAAGUUCAUCAGGAGACUUUUGGGAAGUCUGGAACAACAGCAAUCAAUCAUAUUCCAUCAUAUCCUAAUCCGAGGGUCUAUGGUCGCGCACUCACCUUGAUUUCGGAAUCGAUUAUCUCAUCAACCACAGCUCCGAAACAGAAUCGGAAAACUGUUCUGAAAACUAGACAGAGAGAACGAAACGACACCCUGAAAUCGAAAGAACAUAGAGAACGGAGAUUACCUCCGAAACAGGAUCAGAACCCUGAUCUAGAAACUAGACAGUGA